AUGGAGAGGCCAAAGGUGUUUUCGGAUCUGUUGAAGGACGGAUGUUUCUGGAUCGAUAUCCUCGACCCCGAGGACGUUGACAUGCACCUGGUGCACAGGUACUUCCAUAUCCAUCCUCUGACGAUCGAGGAUAUCUCAACGGAGGAAGUACGCGAAAAGUACGAGGUCUUUAGGAAUUACUACUUUGUGUGCUUCAGGACGUUUGACCAGGAUUACAAUUCAGGGUCAUAUCUUCAACCCGCCAGCAUGUACUCGGUCGUUCUCCGAGACGGCAUCAUCACAUUUCAUUUCAGACCGUCGCACCACCAUCUCCACGUCCUUCAUCGUCUCGAGCAAUUUCAUUCUCAUAUCACCCUGACACCGGACUGGAUCAACUAUGCGCUUCUGGACGAUAUCACCGACAGCUUUGCAUCCCCUAUCCAGACAAUUGAGUAUGAGGUCGACUCCAUUGACGAGCUGGUCCUCCUCUUGCGAGAGAACGAGACUUCGGACAUGCUGCGGCGCAUCGGAUCCUGUCGUAAAAACGUCAUGACCAUAUCCAGGCUGCUCACCAACAAGGCCGAUGUCAUCCGCGGACUGAUGAAACGGUUCGACGAACGUGGAGCGGGCGCGACACCCAUACUAGCAUCAGCAGCGACAGGACAGCAGCGGCAGCAGCAAGGGGCAGCAGCAGCAGGAGGAGGAGGAGGAGGAAGGCCAUUGACACCAACAUCGCCUGCACUAAAUAUUACCCAGCCUUAUCAACAAGCAUUACAACCAUAUCGGGAUGGGGAGAUUUUGCUUUAUCUGGGUGAUAUUCUCGACCACGUACUGACGAUGCUGCAGUCGCUGUACAGUUACGAAAAGGUCCUGGCACGAUCGCACUCAAACUAUCUGGCACAGAUCUCGCUCGAGAUUAACCAGCUGUCAAACAAGACCAACAAUGUGGUCGGGACACUGACAUUCUUUGCCAGUCUGAUCGUUCCUAUGACCUUUGUUGCAGGUCUUUGGGGAAUGAAUGUGCAUGUGCCAGGACAGCCAGGGGAUGAAGACGAACCAUUACAUUGGUGGUGGGGACUGUGUGGGUUCAUGGGCUUAUAUUGCAUCGUCGCUGUCUUCUUUGGCAAGCGAUAUGGCCUCAUUUAA